GUUGAACAAGGAAAUUGACCGUGGAAUGAUAUUUUUAGUGAUUUUUUUUAAUGACAGAAUGGUGGAAAUAUGGGUUAUACGACAUUUAACAUGCAAUUUUAAGGAAAAUGAAGCAUUUUUUUAGUUUGAGGUCAAGUACCAAUUUUCGCCUGGUCAUGAAGUUUCAUACUAGCGACCCCAGAUGCUGGCAUACGCAAGCAAACACGCGGACGGUCCCGAGGUGCGCACUGCGCAGUCUCCCGUGCUCUGCUCUGCACUCUGUCCAGCGAGUAUAAAAGCGGGGCAGCCCGCCAGCGGCAGCUGACCGGUCCGGCACUCUGUCCGCCCCGGUCGGAGGUGUCGCACGGCGCGGAGUGAAGUCGGGUGCGGUAGGCCGGCGCGCUCACGUCGUCACCACGAUGGCCGUCCGUCUGCCGCCGCUGCUGACGCUCCUGCUACUGCUGGUGCUCGAGUCUGGUGUCAAAGCCGUCCGACUGGACCUGUUUGAUCGCAAGCAGGGCAUCCGGAUGGGCGUGCCCUCCAACGGCUGCGAUGACGGCAAGACGGGACUGAGCGUCGACUACAAUGGCUCAGCCGUCGAGUACACGUGCUUUCUGCCCAAGUCCAAGCGCUGGAGGGUGGGGCUGAACGUCGUGGAACCGGUUCAACAUUGCGACGAUUUACCAGAUGACUACUAUCCUCAGCACUACUGUAUGAACCAAUCUCUGGUGUACAAGGAUACUAUUCCAACUUUCGGAGACCACCGUCCUCUUUGGGGGAUAUUUGGGGAAUACCAGUAUCUGCCGCCUCAGCGUUGGCUUCACAACGUCGAGCACGGCUCUGUGAUAAUGCUGUACCAUCCGUGUGCCGACUACCGGGAGGUCGACAGGCUAAAGGGCCUUGUGCGGGGCUGCAUCCGAAAACACAUCAUUACGCCGUACCCCAAGCUUUCGCUACUCCGGCCGCUGGCACUGGUGGCCUGGGGCUGUCGUCUGGAGAUGUCACACGUGGACCCAGCUACCGUGCGGUCCUUCAUCAGGGAGAAAGGACUGAAGGGGCCUGAGGGCGACCUGCCGAAGCAGGGGCAGUAUGACUUCAUGCUUCUGCAGCGAGCAGAGCCGCCUGCCGGCUCCGAUAUCAAUGAUUCGGUGCUCUGUCCGAGCCAGCCGUAAUUACACCUGUUUGACAGAAGGGCGCCAUGCGCUGUAAUCGUUACGAUGGAAUAUCCGGCCUGAGCUGACAGACAGGCGUUCUGUCGCCGCCGGAAUGGUGGUGGGGAAUCAUAGAUAUACAGACUGUCUAUGUGGGGAACACUGGCUGUUCAACGACGCGUGUGCAGUCGGAGCACGAAGGUGGUGCCGGUGGUGUUGAUAAUGUCGUACCUUGUGUAACCAAAGUUCCAAUAGUUGUUAGUCUUAUACUAUAUAUUCUGUAUUUUUGCAUAAUUUUAUAUGUUUGGUGCUUAACGAGACAGCGCCCAGUGUCUGGUUCCUUAUCUCCGUCCAUGGUUUUUAUGUUCAUCGCCGUUCGGUAUACUGUUUUGGCGUUUUGCUUAGCUGCGUAUUUACACUAUUAAGUAUGUGGAUUUCCAAUCCAAGUUGUUUGUCGAGCAUUUCAGCUCGUAUUCUACUUAUCUUAGGUUAUUAGAGGUUUCAUCCUGAAGGUGUUCUAACGUGAUUGUGACGGACUGGUUGUGGUUGUCGAAAUAUUUUAUUUUUAUGUCACGGUAGGUAUGUGAUAUGCUAUGGCGGCUGUUGGCUUAUAUUGAAGUGUUCCGCUUCGUUUACUGCUAAGCGAAUGGUAUUUACAUUUGCUAUUUUGACCAUUGACCUAAAAUAGCAUAAGCCUUUCAUAAGA